CAAACACGUUGAAUUGCCCUUUGCCCUCCUUUGUUGAAGAAUUUAUAUAGAUAUACUCGGUAUAAAAUUCUUUCAUUGAAUUGUUUUGAAUUGAUCUAACGUGUCAACCCAAGAACCCAUAUUCUAAAAAGGAAAAAUACCCUGAAAAUGGCCCUCGCAUCUAAAUCAGUUGCCCCUUCAAAUGCAACAUUUAAGAACAAAGAAAAGCCCCAAGAAGUUCGUAAGAGUAAUAUCCUUGCGGCCCGUGCCGUAUCAGACGCCAUUAGAACCUCUCUUGGCCCCAAGGGGAUGGAUAAAAUGAUCAAGACCAGAUCUGGAGAAAUCAUCAUUUCUAAUGAUGGUGCCACAAUCUUAAAACAUAUGGCUGUUUUACAUCCAGCUGCUAGAAUGUUGGUUGAUGUUUCUGCUGCUCAAGAUGUAGAAGCUGGUGAUGGUACCACCUCAGUGGCAAUUAUUACUGGUUCACUUUUGGGAGCCGCGGAAAAGUUACUCAAUAAGGGAAUCCAUCCAACCCUUAUUGCUGAAUCAUUUCAAAGAGCUGCUAAAAGAUCAUCAGAAAUUCUUUUAGAAAUGUCAUAUAAGAUUUCUCUUGAUGAUAGAGAACAACUUAUUAGAGCUGCUUCAACUUCAUUAUCAUCGAAAAUUGUCUCACAACAUUCAUCACUUUUAUCUCCACUUGCCGUUGAUUCUGUAUUGAAAGUAGCCAAUGAAGAUUCCACCAAUGUAGAUCUUAAUGAUAUUAGACUUAUUAAGAAAGUUGGAGGUACCAUUGAUGAAACUGAAUUGGUUGAUGGGGUUGUUUUAACUCAAAAUGUCGUGAAAACUGCCGGUGGUCCCACCAGAGUUGACAAGUGUAAAAUUGGACUUAUUCAAUUCCAAUUGUCUCCUCCAAAACCUGAUAUGGAAAAUAACGUGGUGGUCAAUGAUUACAGACAAAUGGAUAAGAUUUUGAAAGAGGAAAGAAGUUAUUUGUUGAACAUUUGUAAGAAGAUUAAAAAGUCCAAAUGUAAUGUUUUACUUAUACAAAAGAGUAUCUUGAGAGAUGCUGUCAAUGAUUUGGCAUUACAUUUCUUGUCCAAGUUGAACAUCAUGGUCAUUAAGGACAUUGAAAGAGAUGAGGUGGAAUUCUUAUCCAAGGCUACUGGAUGUAGACCAAUUGCAGACAUUGAUAACUUCACUGAAGAUAGAUUGGGGACUGCUGAUGUGGUUGAAGAAUUGGAAUCUUCUGGUUCCAAGAUUGUCAAGAUCACCGGGGUCACCUCCAAGAAUGUCAAGCCAACUGUAUCCAUUGUUUGUCGUGGUGCCAAUCAUUUGGUUUUGGAUGAAACUGAACGUUCCAUCCAUGAUGCUCUUUGUGUCAUCAGAUGUUUGGUUAAGGAAAAGGCCUUGAUUGCCGGUGGUGGUGCUCCAGAAAUUGAAGUUUCCAGAAUUUUAACCAAGGAAUCCACUGCUCUUUCCGGAGUCGAACAAUUUGUUUACCAAGAAUUUGCCCAAGCUUUGGAAGUCAUCCCAACAACAUUGGCCGAAAACGCCGGGUUGAACCCAAUCAACGUCGUCACCGACUUGAGAAAUAGACACGAAAUGGGCGAAAAGAACGCUGGGGUUUCCGUGAGACGGUCCGGAGCUUCAAACACCUACGACGAGCACGUCUUACAGCCAGUCUUGGUGAGUACCAGUGCCAUUAGUUUGGCUUCAGAAUGUGUGAAGUCGAUUUUGAGAAUUGAUGAUAUUGCUUUCAGUAGAUAGAUAUGAUUGGUGUACAAUGCUUAAUAGAGAUAAGGAAUGACUUAAAUAAAA